AUGGCUCGUCCAUCCCAACGGCCAAGUCAAUCAUCAGACAAACCAUUCGUCCGCGCCCCAGGUCAAAAGCUUAAAAGAGCAACACCUGCGACUUUGCCGUGCGCAGUAGUGCCAGGGCCAGAAGGAUCAGCGCCAUCCCCCCUCGGGCAUCCCUGUCGAUUCCCCCGCGUCUUGCCCCAUAUCGGAAGGCAUCGCCGUCCCCAGACCCCCCGGGGUUGA